CCAACGUCGCUGUCGCGAGCUCCGGAAGAACCUGAGGGGGCGGCGGAGGGGUUUAUGGGCCGAGCGAAUCUGGGCAUCCACUUUUCCUUGUCCAUUUUGAAGCAUCACCUUCUUAACAAGAGUUCUGAGGAUGGAAAUCAAUGAAAAAUCAUAAGAAGAUAUUCUGAAAGAAUUGUGGAGUCAUUUAUGGAAUAAGCCUGAUGGAGACAAGAAACCAAAUUGUUCCUCUGCUUUAAUGGAUUGGCUCUGUUUGAAGACACACCACUAAAGUUCAGGCCAAAGGCUACCAAGUCAAAGGGAGAAGACAGAGCUGCAUCUCCUCGUGCCUGCCAUGCUUUUGCUCUCAUGCACAGCUCCACAUGGCUGAGACUGAAGUCCUGGUACAUGUGAAGAUCACUCUCCUAAUGCUCUGGCUGAGAGUGGUUCUCUUUCUUUCUGGAUGGUCUCAGAUUGGGCACUGUCACCAUCAUAGCCAACAAGAAGUAGUAAUACCCUUGAAGGUAACCAGCACUGAGAAAGGUAUGAAGACUCCAAGCUGGCUCUCCUAUAGUCUGCACAUUGAGGGGCAGAGACACAUUAUCCACAUGAAGGUCAAAAAGCUUUUGGCAUCCAGACACUUCCCUGUGUUCACCUACACAGACGAGGGAGCUCUCCAUGAAGAUCAGCCUUUUAUCCAGGAUGACUGCCACUAUCAGGGUUAUGUGGAAGGACAGCCAGAAUCCACCGUUGCUCUUAGCUCCUGUUUUGGGGGCUUGCGAGGAAUGCUACAGAUAAAUGAUAUUGUAUAUGAAAUAAAGCCCAAAAGAUUUUCAGUCACACAUGAACAUCUGAUUCAUAGACUACACUACAAUGAGACAGAAUUCCAAUCCACAAAAUGGCAAUCUGCAGAAGAAGAGAUAGCAGAGCAAUUGGGUUUUCAACAGAGUAAUAAUCCUCCUCUCAGGCAAAGCAACUAUGAGGGUGUUUGGACCCACAGAUGGUUUAUAGAACUUGCAGUGAUUCAAGACUAUCAACGAUUUCUUUUCCGGAAUGGUAAUACCUCAUUGAUGAUACAAGAUCUAUUAAUCACGAUUAAUGAAGUAAAUUCCAUUUUUGCCGCAAUUGACAUUUCUGUGUCUUUAUGUGGGCUUGAGAUUUGGAAUACCAGAAACUUAGUGACAUUAGGAAAUAUGCAUGAAACUUUGGAAUAUUUUUGCCGGUGGAAGUAUACAGUUUUUGAUACCCGAAUGAAAAAUGAUGUUACACAUUUUUUUAUGUGGAGGAAUGAUACUCGCCACGGGGAAUCAUAUUGGGGAAAAAUAUGCUUAAGGAACGGCUGUGCAAUUGAAAGGUUUUUGGCAGAUGACGAAUUUUAUGAAUUUGCACUUGCUGUGUCACAUGAGCUUGGUCAUAAUUUGAAUAUGCAGCAUGAUGUAGAUACAUGUAUAUGUGGAAAGCCCACAUGCCUAAUGUCUGAAGGAGAAAUACUCACAAGUGCAUUUAGCAACUGCAGUAUAUCUGCCUUGAUGGAUACUGUACAAAAAAAACCCUGUAUACGCAAUAUACCAUAUUUCAUCAAAGACCUAUGUGGUAAUGGUGUUGUUGAAGAAAAUGAGCAGUGUGACUGUGGAACCUUCCAAAUGUGUACACAAGAUCCCUGUUGUUUGACAAACUGCACUCUGAGACCUGGUGCUGCUUGUGGUUUUGGGCUUUGUUGCAAGAACUGCCAGUUCAGGGCAUCAGGGGAAGUGUGUCGAGAAAAGGAUAAUGAAUGUGAUCUUCCAGAGUGGUGCAAUGGAAUGUGGCAUGAGUGUCCAGAAGAUGUCUAUGUGCGAAAUGGACAGACUUGCAUGGAAACCAGCCACUGCUACAAUAAUACAUGCCUUUCCCGUGAUAGACAGUGUAAACAAAUUUUUGGCAACGAUGCCAGGAAUGCAAAGGAGCUAUGUUACAGACAAAUGAAUAUCCGUGGUGACCGUUUUGGUAACUGUGGUAAUGAUACCAAAUCAUAUAUAGCAUGUAGUAGUACAGAUGUUAUGUGUGGAAGAAUACAAUGUGACAAUGUGAGCAGAAUCCAAAUGUUGGAAGAACAUACUACUCUGCAUUGGAUUAACAUCGAAAACUCUUCUUGUUGGGGCACUGAUUACCACUUUGGGAUGACCAUAGCUGACAUUGGUGAUGUGAAAGAUGGCACCGAGUGUGAUGUAAACUCUGUAUGUCUUGGCAGGAAGUGCACCCCUGUGAUAACUCCAGUAUAUAUUUGUUCACAUGAAUUCUGCCAUAAGCGUGGAGUCUGCAACAACAAAGACCACUGCCACUGUGACUCUGACUGGGACCCACCCACCUGUGAAAAAGAAGGCAGUGGAGGUAGUGUAGAUAGUGGCCCACCUCCUAAGAGAAAAGCCAAAAAAGAGUGGAAUUACUUGCCACUUCUUUUUUUGAUUGUUUUAUUGCUUUUGCUUUUGUGUUUGAUAGUUUUGCUUUUCCACAAGAGAAAACCCUCUGAGGAAAAAGAGAAAACUGAGGCUCCUCCACCUGAGGGAGGGCCAGGUGUUGGAGCUCCACCCCAGGAAGGGCAGGGUGUUGCAGGUACACCCAAAAGAGGGCAGAGUGUUGCAGGUACACCCAAAAGAGGGCACAGUGUUGCAGCUACACCCAAAAGAGGGCAGAGUGUUGCAGCUACACCCAAAAGAGGGCAGAGUGUUGCAGCUACACCCAAAAGAGGGCAGAGUGUUGCAGCUACACCCAAAAGAGGGCAGAGUGUUUCAGCUACACCAAAAGAAAAGCAGAGUGUUCAGGAUCCAAAUUAGGCAGAGUGGAAUGUUCAAAAUUCCCCUAAGAUGAAAUCUCAUAAUUCCUGAAAAUAACCCCAAUCCUAAAAGUAUUUCCCUUGUAUUACUUUUUGUUGCCCUGGCAGUAGAAAUGCCAUUGCAUGUGUCAAGAGAAGACUUUAAAGAUAAAAACUCUAAAGAUCCAUUAUAUCACAAAAUCAUAAAAGCUAAUAAACGAAGGUCAAAACCUAGCAUAUUCUGACGUUUCAUUAAUUUAAUGAUUUUUGGAGGCAUAUUUCUUUUUCCUAUCCAAAAAUGCUCUCAAGGACAGAGUAAGUGGGGGUUUAUUGGCUGUCUCUGCCAAUUCCAAACCUUCCACUUUUCAUCAGGAUUUGCCAUAUGGCAAAUGGGUAAUGAUAAACUGCAUUUCUUCUUUAUCAGCUCCUACCCCAUGAUAGUUUCUGCCUAUAGAGGAAGAGACGGAGAAAUUGAAAACUUAACAGAACUGUUUGAUUGAUCUUUAUACCCAGUGCUGCUUAAUGCGGGCUUUUGCCAUUGCAGCAGCAGUAACUUUUACUCUGUAAAUUAACACUGCAUACAAACAUAUUUAGUAACUGCCAGAACCUAUAGUAUCAUCAGCCGCAGUUAUGCUAACAGCUACCAAACAGUGUAUCCUCAGAAUUCAGACUCAGGACUCUGAGCCACCAACAAAUUCCAGAGCAUCCAGCAUCAAGUUGGCUAUCCUCCAUUUCCAAGCUCAAAGUUCAAGUAACCCACCUCUUCCCUUUGAUCUCUAGCCCUUCCAGCGAUUGCUGCAUCUUCUUGUUAGAAGCUAGUGCUUACUGCAGUGGUGUGGGUUCUAGUUUUGUGAAUGAUCUCUGAUGGAUACAGAACUCACCUGGGUACAAUGAAGAACAGAGGGAGGAGCCAGACAUCAGAAAUAUUUAAUUUUUUCUCACAGCUAACCUUUACUAUCAUGGGGAAUGACUUAAACAGACAUAUAACAUCUUCAAAAUCUAUAAAGAGGGGAUAAGAACAUUUGCCAGACAACUCCUUUGCAACGUGGAUUAUAAAGUUGAAUAAAAAAGAUGCUUACCAUUCAGUGUAGGAUGUAAUAAAUCUUAUCAAACCAUGUUUCCUCUGGGGUGGGGGAACCUAGGAAAUCCCAGUUAAGCAUUAAAAAACUAUAAAUUAAAAGUUCCAGAGAGCUGUGGAAGCAAGGAGGAUUAGAUGAACUAAAAUUUUAAGCAUGGAAAACUGUAAAAAGAGCUAAGUAGCGACAGCCCUCUUUUCCGUGGGAACAUUUGCUGACAUCACUCAAUCCAUGAAUGAUUUAGGGAACUGGCUUCCAAGUCUACCUUUCUAACAGAGGAAAUAAAAAGAAUAAAAAAGAGUCACCUUGACAGCCUGUGGUUGUUUUAGAUAUGAUAUUUCCAUCCAGUAAGAUAUUUCACAUAUACUGCUAUGGAUUAAAUGUCCCUGCUAAAAUGCAUGCUGAAAUUUAAUUUCCAAGUGGCAGGUGGAGCCUUUGAGAGGGGUUAAGACAGGGCCCUAAUGAUGGAUUUUGGUCAUUUUCAUGGGAGUGAGUUAGUUAUUACAGGAGUGUCUUUGUUACAAAAGGCAGCUCCCUCAUCUCAUGAUCCCUCACUUGCCUUUCUGUCUUUCACCAUGAGAUGAUGCACCAAGAAAGCCCUCACCAGAUGCAGCCCUUCACCCUUGAGCAUCCAAGCCUCUGUGAUGGUGAGAAAUAAAUUUCUUCUCUCUAUAAAUGACACAGCCUAUGACAGAUACUCUGUUGUAGCCACAGAAGAUAAAGACAAAAAACUAAUGUCAGGAGUAGAGUUAUAACUACAACAAAUACCUUAAAUGCGGAAGCAGAUUUGGAGCUGAGUCAUGGGUAGAAUUUAAAAGAAUUUGAAGGAGUAGGCUAAAAGAAGUGUUGUAAGAUGAGUAUUAUGAGAGAUUCUGAUAAGGAUUCAGAAGAAGAGAAGACUAAGGAAAGUCUAUAACUUUCAAGAGAUUAUUUUAGUGAUUGUGUUCGGAAUAUUGAUAGAAAUGUGGACAGUGAAGAUCAUUCUGAUGACAUAUCAGAUGAAAAUUGGGAAUAAGAUAUUGGAAAUUGGAGGAAAGACAAUUCUUGUUGUACAGGGAAACUUCAAAAAGUUCACAAGAAAUGAAAUUAAAAGGUAAGGUUCUUUUGGUGAAAAAAAUUUUGAAUCCCAUGUUUGAUAGGAAGUCUUCAAAAAGUUCAUACAAAAUGGAUGUUAUAAAAGUUAUUGUAUAUUUAAAUUUGCACCAAAAUAACUUUCUUUUUACCCCAUUUUACUACUCAUACAACUGCAAAAAUAUUGGGUGAACUGUGUCCUUGCCCAGGACUCUGGCAGUAAUGAAGAGUGAUAAACUAGAAUAGCAGGAAAAAAUAUUUAAGCAGCAAAGUGUUCAAGGUUCUGCAUAGCUGCUAUGAGUCACAUACAGGGAUAUUUGAGGAGGAGAUUCCUUAAAUAAAGAAUUCUCUAUGAAAAUGGAGGCAAGGUAGGAAGACUGGGGAAGUUCAAAGCUGGAAAAUUGGGAAGGUCAAAGCUGCAUAUGUAAACAGUGAAAGUCUUAUUCUGUAUAAAACACUAGGAUGUGGCCAGGUGACUGAAGAAAGAUUAGUGUGAACUGAAAAGAGCCAGGGGAUUUUCAUCAAAACAGUAAGAGAAAUACCUCAAAAUAGUCAGAGAUUUUAGAUGCUGCCAUCCUGUCAUCUUGUCCCAGACUCAGAAUGUUGGACCUUGGAGCAAAAAGAGCUCACUCCCUUGGGGUACAUCAAGUGUCUGCUCCCUGAUUUCUACCAUAGUAUUCAGUCUCUCCAAUGUGGCUCAUUUGGCCCCAGGCAAAACAUGAUCCACCAGUUCAGAGACACAAGCAGCAAAUCGUGAUGGUGUUAAUUUCACAGACACACAGAAAGAGGAUGUGGGAGCUCACAGUUUCCCUCUGCCUAGAUUUCAAAGGAUUCCACAGACAGCUAGAGAUCCUAUAUGGACAUUUGUCGUAGGGGCAGAACCACAGAAGAGCCACAGGUGUGGGGCUGCCCUUGAGACCCUAGAACUGCAAUGCACCAGGUGUGCAGCACCAGCAUGGGAGGGUUUCAGCCAGGAGAACCAAACCUGGAGACCUGAAGUGUAUGCUGAGCCCAGAAAAGUCAUGGUGGUGGGGAGCACUGGGACCCCACUACGUGCAGAAAACAUGCAUGGAGUUAAAAGAGAUUAUUCUCCAGCUUUAAGAUUAAGUGUUUUCCUUGCUGGCCUUCAGAUUGGCUGGGGGUCAUUUACCCCUUUCUUCUUGCCAAUUUCUUCCUUUUGGUACAUAACUAGCUAUUCUACAACUGUCCCGCUAUUGUACUAUGGCAGGGGAUAAUGUGUUAAUUUUAGAGAUUCACAGUGCAUUUGAUCCAGAAAAAAAUCAUCUCUUGAGUCUCACACAUACCUGAUUCAGAUGAGACUCUGGACAUUGUACUUUUUUGAUACUGGAAUCAGUUAAGGUUUGUACAGCUAUUGGGAUGGAAUGAGUUUUUGCUUGUAUGUGAGGAAGAUGUGAGCUUUGGGAUACCAGGGGCACAAUGUUGUUUGGUAGACAGGUAGGAAACUAAAUAUGGAUGACUUGCAAAGGGCUUUGAGCACUUGAGCCAGCACACACAUGCAGUGACUGAAACCAACCUCUUUUUAGGCAUGCUACUGCACUGGUCCACCAUCACUGCGGGCUAGACAUAUUCUUUCCUAUCUUAUGUGAGAAACCAUGAUACUUUCCUAGAGAUGAGCAUGUGUGUGUGUUCUCCAUCCCCACCUGGCUAUGCCAUGACACUUCUCAGAGUCCCAAAAAGGAGAUGCAGAAAUGAGUGGUACUGAGGUCCCACCCAAACAUUACCUCCUUUGAAUUUUCAAUUAGUUGAUCUUCUCCAGGCACCUGGCCCAUCCUAUAAAUGACAACCUCAACUUAGGUGGGGGCAGAAGCCAUUUUGUCUUCACAGUUGGAGGCUGCCUGCACUCCCAUCUGUGUGUGAAAUUUCUCUUUGCAAUUAAAUAAAUCUCGUUUACUUCUCUCCUGGUCUCCUGGUUGUACUCCUACAUCAGAAAGACAAGAGCUUGGAUUAAGUCUAGCUGGGGGUCUUCCCAACUCAGCUGGUUUUGAGAAUUUCACAAGACUAUAGUUUGAAUGUCCUUUUAAAGACUUACAUUGAAUUUCAUUGAAAUGUACAGGUAUUGGGAGGUCAGGGCUUUUGAGAGAUCUUUAAAGAAGCAACUCGGGCAACACACCCUGAGUUGCUCAUUCUGCCAACCCUCCUGUUGUCUAGAAGCAGCAAGGCAGUAAUACCUCAGCCGUUGGCUCCUGUAAGCAUGCAGUAAACUAGCACACAUUCUGGCUGCCUUUUAAAUAGCCACAUAUGGCUCUUCCCAUGCACGCUCAGACCUGACAUCAACUAGGCAAUAAGUGCUGGAUGAUUUGAUGCACAGAGGCCAAGGAAAGCAGGGGAGCCAUCUUUACUAAGUGGCUAGGCCCAUCAAGAAUCCCAUGAAACAACUGGGUUGCCCCAACUACCCUGCUGUCUCCUUAAGAAAUAGUGGAACAAGCUAUUCUCAGUGACAUAGCAGACAGAGGUUCUGACAAGCAGGUGCCCAGCCAUCCUCAUUCAUGGAAAUGAAUAGACAGGCUUCUCUUGGCUAGUCAGUCCCCAGUAAUUUGUUAAGGUAGCUGUGUAGCCUGACGCAGACAGCACCUCCCCAUCUGGUACAUCUCCUAUACAGCUCUCAAGGUAUUUAAUAUUUCUGUAGCUAUUGUGAAUGGGACUGACCUCAGAAGUUCUUUCUUAGCAAUAGCAUUAUCUGUGAAUACAAAGGCUGUUUUUUUGUGUGUGUUGAUUUUAUAUCCUGCUAUUCUACCAAAGCCUUCUCUGAGUUCCAGUUGUCUCCUAGAGGAGUCUUUUGGGUCUCCUAUAUAUAUAGUCAUAUUAUCUGCAAAUAAGGAUAUUUUUGACUUCACCUUUACCAAUCUGAAUCCCUUUGAUUUUUUUUCUUACGUGAUGGCUCUGGCUAAAACUUCCAGGACUACAUUUAACACUAAUGGAGAAAAUGGGUAUCUUUGUCUGGUACUGUAUCUCAAUGAGAAUGCUUCCAGCUUUUCCCCUUCAAUAGGAUGCUGGCCAUGGGUUUGCCAUAAAGUGCCUUGGUUAUAUUGAGGAAUGUUCCUUCUAUACCCAAUUUUCUUAGAGUUUUCAUCUUGAAAGUGUGUUACAUUUUAUCAAAUGCUUUCUCUGUAUCUAUUGAGCUAAUCAAAUGGUUUUUGUUCUUCAAUUUGUUAAUGUAAUGUAUCACAUUAAUUGAUUUGCAAAUAUUGAGCCAUUUCUGCAUUGCAGGGAUAAAUCCCACUUAGUCCAGGUGAAUGAUCUCCCUAAUGUGUUGUUGAAUUUGAUUGGGCAGAAAUUUGUUGAGGAUUUUUGUGUCUGUGUUCAUCAGGGAAAUUGGUCUGUAGCUUUCUUUCUCUGUUUCAUCUUUCCUGGAUUUAGGGCUUAAGGUGAUGCUGGCUUCAUAGAAGGAAUUUGAGAGGAUUCCCUCCCUUUUAAUUGUUUAGUAUAGACUGAGAAGAAUUGGAGUUAGUUCCUCUUUAAAUAUCUGGUAAAAUUCAAUAGUGAAGCCAUCCAGUCCUGGGGUUUUCUUUGUUGGGAGGCCCUUUAUUACUGACUAAUUUCUGUCUCGGUUAUGGUUCUGUUUAGGUUUUCUAUGUAUACAUGGCUCAAUUUAGGUAGGUUGUAGGUGUUCAGGAAUCUGUCCAUUUCUUCUAGACUUCCAAGUUUGUUUGUAUACAGCUCUUUGUAGUAAUUUCUGAUGAUUCUUGUUUUUCUGUUGUAUGUGUUGUUACAUUUCUUUUUCAUCUCUAUUGAUAUGGGUCUUCUCUCUCCUUUUUUAGGUUAGUUGGACCAAUGGUGUGUCGAUUUUGUGUGUUUUUACAAAAAAGCAGCUGAUCUUUUGUAUUUUUUGACUUCAAUUUUGUUGAUUUCUUCUUUAAUUGUAAUUAUUUCUUUCCUUCUACUGGUUUUUUGGUUUGACUUGCUGCUUUUUUUUCUAGAUCCUUGAGGCACAUAGAUAGUUCAUUUAUUUGGUGCCUUUCCAGUUUCUUGAUGUAGGCACCAAUUGAUAAAACUUUCCUCUUGCCACUGCUUUUUUGUAUCCCACAAAUUUUGGUUGUUGUAUUGUCAUCUUGAUUUGCAGAAAUUUUUUGAUUUCUCUUUUGAUUUCUUCUAUGAGCCACUGUUCAUUCAGCAGCAUGUUGCUCAUUUUCCAUGUGUUUGUAUAUGAUGUAGAGAUUCUUAUUGAUGAUUUCCAGCUUCAUUUCAUUGUGGUCUGAGUAGAUGCAUGGCUUGACUUCGAGUUUUUUUGAAUUUUCUGAGACUUGAUUUAUGAUCUAGCAUGUGAUCAAUCCUAGAGAAAGUUCAUUGUACUGGAUAGAAAUACAUGUACUGUUUGGUAGUAGGGUGGAAUGUUCUGUAGAUAUCUUCUAGGCCUUUUUGGUCUAUGAUGUUGAUUAACUCUGUUGUUUCCUUGCCGAAUUUCUGUUUCUUGAUCUGUCCAUUGCUGAAAGUGGGGUAUUGAAGUCCCCCAUUACUAUUAUUAGUAUUGUAUUUGGGUCUGUAUCUCCCUUUAGAUCCUUUAACAUUUCUUUUAAAUAGCCAGUUGCCCUGUAGUUGGGUACAUAUACAUUUAUAAAAGUCACAUCUUCCUGUUGAAUUGAUCCUUUGAUCAUUAUAUACUGUCCUUCUUCAUCUCCCUUGAUAAUUUUUGUGUUAAAGUCUAUUUUGUCUGAUAUUAGGAUGGCCACACCAGCUCUUUUCUGGUUUCUGUUAGCAUGGAUUAUCUUCUUCCAUCCUUUCACUUUCAGCCUGAGAGCAUCUUUGUUGGUAAGAUGUAUUUCUUGUGGGCAGCAAAUUGAUGGGUUUUCUUGUUUAAUCCAUUGAGCCAUUUUGUGCCUUUUAACUGUGGAUUUGAGACCAUUUACAUUCAGUGUUACUAUUGUUAAGUACCGACUUUGCCCCUGCCAUGUUUCCAUAAAUAGUUCUGUUUAUGUACUUUGGAUUUCAUUUGGUCUUUAGCUGGGUAAUUAUCUGCUUUUGUAGUGAUGUUCCUGUUUCUGUGUUUCUGUGUAUAGCACAUCUUUGAGCCUGUUUCUUAAAGCUGAGUGAGCAGUUUCUAAGUCUUUCAAUUUCUGUUUGUUGUGGAAGAUCCUUAUUUCUCCUUCAUUCAUGAAUGAGUUUUGCAGGGUGUUUUAAUCUAUGUUGACUAUCCACUGUAUUUUUAUAUGCUCUAUUGAAUUCUUCAUUUCUAGUAUUUCAUUCUGACUUCUCUACAAUAUCUCAUUUUUGGGGGAACACUUUUCAUUUAGGUCAUGAAUUUGUUUCUGAUUGCUUCUAAGUAAUCUGACAAUUAAUUCUCUGAAUUCCAUUUCUGGCAUAUCCUCAGUCUCUUCUGCUGCU